UGUUGCUCAGAUUGCCGGAGGGUGUUUUUUUCCCGAUCACAAGCUUUUCCGAUGAGCGUGUUCGGCGGCGACAGCUGGGGGCGUGAGGCAGUCGACGAUCUAUUAAUCGACGGCAUCGAAGCUUCUGCUUACAAGAGGCUUGCCAAUGCCAAAUUCGCUUGCCUUGUUUGCCCCCAAAAUCCCGUUCUCGACACCCCGAUUAUGCUCUCAGUUGCAUACUCUUCUCCUAUUGAUGACAGUGGCUGCAAUUUUAGGGGAAACGUUAGGGUUUCUUCGUAUAUGAGGAUUUUGGUUUCAAUUUUGUUGCUUGCUAAGACACAUGUGAAUGGCUCACGCCACAAAGUUGCCAAGAAGGCUGCAUCUGAGGUGUUUCUUGGCCAAGCUACUCAGCAUAAUCCGAAAUCUGAGACCGGUCAUUCAACGGUGCCAAGUAUUGAAAAUUGUAGCGGUUGUGCUAAAGGCAUUCGAUUUGAAGGUACAGACGAAGGUUUUGUUAGAAAGGUACCGAAAUUGGACUAUAGAGAACAGGUAGAGAGGGAGCUCAAGUUCACGGCUGCCGGGUGGAAACGAGAUUGCCAUGGCAGAUGGUUCAAGGAUGAGAAUGUGAGGUUUUGUUCUGUGUUCUUUUGUUGUGCAAUCUGUUGUCAUAUUUUAAAUCUUGAGCUCAAGUCGGGACUACUGAAGAUAUUAAUCAAAGGGACUUCUGUUGGUUCGGGUAUGCCUGCG